AUGCCUACCUCAGUAAUAACUCCAUGUAUGGCUGUAAGGAUUAGAACAAUUAUCGGUGAGUCAAAUUUAUCAUCAAAGUUCAAAUAUAAGGAACAAAAAGAAAAAAUGAGGUCCAUGAUUUCCCCUAAUCAAAUAAAACAUACUAAAAAAAUUAAGAGUUUUAAAUUGAUACCAAGUUCUAUCUUAAGAACAUACUUAGAACUAAACAGUCCAGCUCUCUUAAUAGUAUUAAAAUUAUCAUCUCCCAAACCAACAGUCAAUACUCAUACUGACAGCGGUGCGGUUAUUUCUGAAAUUGCCAAGAUAAAUGAGUUAGAGGUCGAACUAACCAAAAGUGGAAGCGCAUGUUGGGAACUUACAUAA